AUGAUGAAGAAUGGUGAAAUGUAUGUAAAAGUCUUACAAUUAAUUGAAAAUGAAACGAAAGGAGAUAACGAACGAAGAGAAGGAGACAAAGAGCUGGCGAGACGGACGAGAAAUGAAGAACUGAUGGGUGAUGAUGGGAUGGAAGAUCAAGAGUUUCAUGCGUUUUUUCAGUGGCAGAAUCAGAUACAGAAGGAAGGAGCGACGGGUUCUCCAAUGCCUCAACCAGAAUUUCAUACGAAGGACAGGAAUAGCGUCUUAUUUGGUGUGAAAAAAGCAUUGCUAGCUUCGAAAAUCAAGAGCUCAGCGAUGGCUCAUACGCUACAGAAACACUCGGCGCAGAUGUGGGAGAAGGUUACAGCUGCAGCCUCUGGAAGCGGAGGUGGAACUGUCAGUAAUGCAGCACCUUCGGCUUCAGCUUUAGCGCAAUUAGCUAAAUUGAUUGGUGCUAUGAAGACCCCGUUGCAUUCUAGUAACCCUGAACAUGUUAAGAUGCUGCAGCGUUUGUGGACAUCCUGCUUUGAGUCACAGCCAUUUACGGUGACAAACUUGGAAUGGAAUCGAUUGGGAUUCCGACAUGGUGACCCUGUGCGUGAGAUACAAUUCUUAUUGCCGUUGCAGUGUCUGGUGUUUUUUCAUGAGGUGCAUCGCACGGUCGCAUUAUCCAUUGUGAACAACCAACACGGACCAGAAGCCUACUCAUACGCGCUAGUGGGGUCCCAGAUUGCGUACUUGGUCGCUAAUUUGCUGCAACUGCGAGAUGGUGGAUGUUUGGGUUUAGAACGACCGUUUUGGAAACUUUUUGAAGACCCGAUAGCUUUUUACGAGCUAUUUUGCAUUGCUGUCCGUGCCUUUGACGCGUCCUGGAAGCUAAAUUCCACCAACACGACUGACGUUAAUUUCCACCUCAAUUACGUGGGUGACUUUGCUCAAGAAUUGCUUUGUCGCGGCCCAGAUAAUGUACCAAACCUCAUUGAGUACGCCCACCAGUUGCAGAAUUGGUAG